UGCCUUAGCUUCCUCAGCCGUCUACAGUUCCGUCUCUUACUUGGGCACUCUAGUAGACAGAAACAUUGACAGAAACCUUUCUUCAGUAGGUCCCUUGGAAUAUUCCCAAGGCAAAACCAACUUGAUCUCAGCAGCUUUGACAAAACUAAUCAUCUAAUCAAUGUGCAGGGCCAGUUACUAAACAGGCUCCACGGUCAUGACAAGUUCAUAUUGCUUAUUUGGGCCACAACCAUCAUGAAGAUCCUGUUCUAACAACACAGCACCACAUGCAGCUUUUAUCGUCUCUCUUUGAUAGUGAGGAUGACGCGAGGGAUGCUUUGAUCUAUAGCUACAAGCACAGUUUCUCAGGGUUUGCGGCUAAGCUCAACUCAACACAGGCUGCCACUUUGUCCGGAUAUGAUGAGGUGGUGUCGGUGUUUAAAAGUAGACUGUUGAAGAUACAUACAACUCGAAGUUGGGAUUUCAUGGGCUUAGCGUUAGAUCACCAGAAGGAAACACCCAUGCAAAUUGAAUAUUGUGAAGAUAUAGUCGUGGGCGUCUUCGAUACAGGCAUAUGGCCAGAAUCAGACAGUUUCAAAGAGACACCAUACAUGGAGCCAGUCCCAUCACAAUGGAGAGGCGUCUGUGUCGCAGGAGAGCAGUUUAACCACACAGCUUGCAACAAGAAGCUGAUUGGAGCCCGGUUUUACAUCAAUGGCUAUGAGUCACAAGUAGGACCGCUAAAUACUACCAAGAAUCUAGAGUAUAGGUCCCCAAGGGACCAUGUUGGCCAUGGCACACACACUGCUUCAAUUGCUGUUGGUGUCCCUGUGGCCAAUGCAAGCUUCCUUGGCUUGGCCCGUGGCUUGGCUAGAGGUGGUGCCCCAAUGGCUAGGCUUGCUGUCUACAAAAUAUGCUGGAACCCUGGCUUCUGUGCUGAAGCUGACAUCUUGGCUGCUUUUGACGAUGCUAUAGUGGAUGGUGUCCAUGUUAUAUCGGCUUCACUUGGAACACCGGCACCAUUGCCGGGCUUCUUUGCAUCAAGCUCAGAUAUUGGCUCGUUCCAUGCAGCUCAGAGAAAUAUAGUUGUUGUCUUCUCAGCAGGGAAUGUGGGACCAGAGCCGACAUUGGUGCAAAAUGUGCCACCAUGGAGCAUAUGUGUGGCUGCAACCACCAUUGACAGGAUCUUUCCUACUGAACUUGUCUUGGGAAAUAAUAAGACCAUCAUGGGGGAAGGCCUGGCGGUGGAACAAAUGAAGUUGCCCUUGGUGGAGGGAGAAGCGUCUUCUACGUCUGGGACGUGCGACAUCAAUCAGCUGAAGGAGAAGGAGAUUCGUGGCAAAGCAGUCCUGUGCUUCUCAACAAUGGGGAGCACCGUGUCGAGCACAACGGCAGCGAUAGCUGUCUAUCUCGCUGGUGGCUCUGCCUUGAUCUUUGCAGACUCACCCACCAGACAAGAGGCUCAAGUCUCGCUCUUACCCACCAUCUUCGUUGAUAUCUCUCAAGGGACACAGAUUCUUUCCUAUAUCCAAACAUCCAGAGCUCCAACCAUGCAGAUUGGCCAAACCAGGACCUCAGUCGGCAGAGUUCCAGCCCCUACUGUGGCAUACUUCUCUUCUAGAGGACCAAGCUCCAUAGCCCCCAACAUCCUAAAGCCUGACAUAAGCGCCCCUGGAGUGAACAUCUUGGCAGCUUGGCCCACAAAUCUCCCCCCUUCCUCAUUGCCUGUUGACCACAACAGAGUCAAAUGGAAUUUGAUGUCAGGAACAUCCAUGGCCUGCCCUCAUGUAGCAGGAGUAGUAGCACUGCUCAGGGCAGCCCAUCCCACUUGGUCAACUGCUGCCAUCAAGUCAGCCCUCAUGACAACAGCAUAUACUGUUGAUACAAGCCUAGACAAGAUACUUGGUGGAGGAGUCACCAAACCAGCCGAUCCCUUCGACGCCGGCGCCGGCCACGUCAAUCCACUGGCAGCACUUGAUCCAGGACUCGUUUAUGAUGUAGAAACAUCAGAUUACAUUUCCUUCCUUUGUGGCAUGGGCUACAGCGAGCAACAGAUAAGGAAAAUCAUUUCACUUCCUCCUGGAACCAAUGCCACCUGCCCUGCAUAUCCCGUAGACACUGCUGACCUGAACUAUCCUGCAAUCGUGGUGUCAAACCUGCAAUCAACAACCACGGUUCGGCGAACUCUGAGAAAUGUGGGUUGGUCUAACGCGAUCUACUUUGCAAGUGUUGUGAACCCUGAAGGAGUGGAAGUCAUGGUGUGGCCAAGGAUGAUGUCCUUUACGAAGUACAUAGAAAAGAUUUCAUAUCAUGUAACAUUGACACCACUGAAGAACUCCAAAGGGAGGUAUGAUUUGGGGGAAAUUGUAUGGUUUGACGGCUACCACCAUGUAAGGACACCGCUGGUAGUAUGUGUGAACAACACCAUGAACAUAGAUGAUGUCGAUCCUUCAAGGCACCAAAGCAUCUGACAUACGUGACAUGGAUACUGCUAGGAUGCAAGGAUAUAGCCAUUAUUACCAAAAAUUCCAAUAUGACUUGUCUAGGAGUGGACAUGUAACAGGGCAGAAGAUAGGGUAUCCUUGUGGCAUAUAGAAUUUGGCAUUAGUAUCUAGCCUGCAAAAAAAUUGCAAGAUCAUGGUGACUUGUUAUGACCUUAUCCUGACUUGCUGCAAUAAAAGGCAGCUACACUAUUGUUGCACUUUGCUUUAGAUUGACAUUGCAGUGCUUUUGAAAUGGAUGUACUGCUUCGUAAUAGAGCUUCAGUGUUACUGGAAAUAAAUCCCAUGUAUCUCGGGGUGUUCUCUCCAAAUGCAUCAUUUCCCUGUUUCUGCAAGCGGCUAACAAGAUGACUUCAUUUAUUACGCUGCUAGCCCAUAAGAGUGACCGAAGAACCAUAACUUUUACAUGUAAAAAUCUGGCUUUUGUUCUCUCUAUCAGAUGCAGUGUCAACCUUUCUAGUUCAAGAUUUACCUCAUUGGGCCUCUGUUAACUUGAACCCAAAUCUGGCAUGGCCAGAUAGAAUCUUUCUUCUGACGGGUUAUACCCUCACAAGUCCUUUUUUUGGCCAUUCCACCACCAGACGUUCUUGUGAAAGAAGUGGUUGCACGGAUCCA